AUGGAGGACUUUUUGCGAAAAUACCCAUUCCUGGUGCAGAUGGAACCAUCAUAUUUUAUAGGGCUGUAUAAGCAAGUUUUCAAAUUGGAAUUUUGUUUCCCAUGUUAUCCAUCCACGGAAAAGCACAGAGUAAAUGUGUUUCGGGGUAAUUCCCCGGUAAUUUUAGGCCCAGAGCUAUCAGCCAUCCCCGAAGUUGAUAAUUAUGUUGACAGCCUGCUAAAAUCUCUUCAACGUUUCGACACUAAACUUAAUGCUCAUUCAUCGUCUGCUAUAAGCAAUCAGGAAUCAACGGUGUUGGUUAUGCUAUCAUUGGAGAUACUAUCGAUUAAUCGUCAAUACGGUUGUCAAGCAGAAUUUGACCAAAAUUUAACGGUUGUAGAAUUUUCGUGCUUUGAAAAUAAAGAAAAGCACAAGAUUACACUAAAACGAACUAUAGGCCACGAUUACAGAGUGAGCCAGCACACUCUACCCGUUCUUCAAGUAUCGGAGAUGUUCAAACGGCAGACCUCGCUGCAAAGACACAUUCAAACGUUUUUGGAUACUCUCGAGCAGCUAGACGAAUUUUACAACAAUUUAAACACCAUCGAUGAACUCUGUUAUGUUAUACUUCCCGCCAAGAUAGACACCAGAACCACCUACAGAAUUUUCAAAUAUGAUCAGAAAGUGUUUUUGAAAGUUGCCCUGCAUCCGCUACAACAAACCGCGGUGGAUAUAGCGUUUUUUGGCCCCACAAAAUUAGUUGCUAAGCUAAGAGAAACCUACGAUGAUAGACAGAAAGAUUGGGACCCGGAAUAUAACGUUUACACCAAUUUACUUCGAAUAUUCAACAUGAUUGCUUUUCCGAUGCGACCAACUGGACCUGUAGGUAGUGCAUCGGAAUGCGAAACAUCUUGUGGCAUCUGCAUGGACUAUCACGAUACCGAUGACCAUAUUCCAAUAAUUUCGUGUGACAAUGACCAAUGCAAGCUUAUUUUUCACGUCCAUUGUCUCAGAGAGUGGUUUUCAGCACAACGGGAGAGUAAAAAGAUGUUCUCAAUCUCUAUUGGAAAAUGUCCAUUCUGUACACACAAAAUAUCCUCAAGUUUUGACGAUAUAAUGAGUUUGUUAGCUUAA